AUGAGAGAUGGUCCAACUUUGCAACUAAACCAGAUGAAGCUCCUGAACGUUGAAGGAACCGAACCGAUCCGUGAUGGAGUUAUGGAAAGAAAUAGAAAUGUUUCGGGCAAAGACUUUCGAAAACUUUUAGAAGAUGUUACUUUGCAAAAAAAUGCCAUUGCUGAACAAAAAGAGACCAAAGUAGACCAGUUCAACAUAAAGGUCAAACUGAGAAGGAGAGGAACCUGCUGGGAUAGCAGACUCCUUGUUUCCGUCGAGGGGGAGAGCGAAUCAGAUGAAGUGAAGGAGUUUGGACCCUCAGCCCUGAGCUGCCCCUCUGGUGUACUUCUUGGUCAAAGCCUCGGAACUCUCACCCCACCGACGGAUCUUCCCGUUUCACCCUCUAUAUCCUCCACCGAUCUGUCUUCAGAUAAACAGUGUCUUCGUCCUCCAAAUCACAGUUCUGUUUCUGCUCUUUUGGAUCUACCAACUUUAUCUUCGGGCGCUCCCCAAGCAGAAGAAUCUGACGAACAGAUCGCCAUGCUCUUGGAAGAUAUGUUUAUGAUGGGAUUAAACAUCUUGCCCUUGAUGCCAUUAGACAGAAAUCUGGAUGAGCAUCAGCUGAACCAGCUUGAUCCUCUUCAGGAACAAACAGGGGGGACGGAGUCCUCUGCUCUACAUUCCAGUUGUUUUUUGCAAGGCUUUGAGCAAGAAAACAGAGAAUCCGGUUUUAGUGAGACGGCAACCUCGGUUAGGUUUCAGCGCCAAAGACAUGGAGAGCUUGAGUACUCCAGCUUUCAAAAACAAGAGAGACUCCAAACACUUGAGCCUUUAACUCAGUCAGCCGGACAAGAACUUCAUGCUUCACUUUCCCACAUAAACAAAGAUACAAAGCUGAAAACUGUGCCGGGAGACUCCGUCGCCCCCCUUGUAGAAGACCUGUUGUUAACCACAAAAGCCACACCUGACCCCAAAUCCCACCUUUCUGAAACGGAUGAAAUGUCAGACUUUGAUAUGACCACCGCCGGUUUCAAACUGAGAUGUCUUUCCCCUCUUGAUGACAGUGAUGUUCCUGCACAGGAGCCAUCUGGACCAUCACAACACAAGCAGUACCCAGAAAAACAAAACCUUCCCCAAUGGCCUUCUGCAAUUACACCUCUUCAAUCAGACUUUUCUAACAGUUCACAAGAUCAGUCAUGCCCUGAUGUUUUGAAAAAACAUGAUAUAAUAACAAAUGACUUGCCAGUGGAGCAAGCUAAUAUAAUUCGUCCGCUUCCUAAGCGGAGAAGGACCAGAAGACGUAAAGCAACUCAAAGGGUUAGACGUAAAGCAACCAGGAAGUGUCAAAGCUUACCCAAUGAGUCUCAGGCUCAGUCAAGGCUAUCCAAGAUGGAUUUAGAGACCAACUAUGAAAACAUUAAGCCGGCUACCUCCAACUCACGUGGAGCCGAUACCCAAAUGUCCAGGACUUCUAAUGCAAACCAAAAAACAGUCGCUGGAGUGAAGCGAAGACAUGAGAUUUCUUUACCAGUCUGUAAGAAAAUGACUCGGAGUGCUACCAGUAAACAACGUGAACAUGAAGAUGAUGUACCCAAAGUACAGGUCACAAUGGGUACUGUAAAACGAGGUCGUGGCAGACCUCCAAAAAAGAGAAAAAUCAUGCAGACAUGUAAUGAUGGGAAUAAAUUGGACCAACCAUCUAGCGUUCCUGCUUGUUUGGGUCAGAAGGAUUGUGAAGUGAACACAAUCAAGAUGGCCAAUGUGCUUAAAGAGGAUGACAAACAAGAAUCAAAUGCUCAAAAGAAAAACUCAACAGAAAUGGGGGAGGUAGAUGUAAAUGGCAAUUUUGAAUUGACAAAGCAAAAUUCAAGUAAAAAGACACCAAGUAUCACCGAUCAAGUUUUCCAUCAGACUUGCCCAAGUGACAGUUCUCUGCCGAUUGGUCAGCAGUUAACAUCAAACGCACAAGACGGAGCUAGUGAGAGUCAUUUGGGAGAUAACGAAAUGGGGAUAUUUGUGCUGAUAAAUGAUAAGGACCCGAUGGAUGCAUUGGAUAACCAGGUAAGGUUACAGAUGUCACACAGCAAUACGCCAGAUACUGUGAAAUGUUCAGUUAAAGAGAAGGAAAGGCCAGCCAUUGAGAAGAACUCAAGAAAUCAAUGCGGUUUAAAAAAUGAGAUGGAAAAAAACAUUCGAGACCAACCCACUAAACUUUAUGUCAACCCUUUAGAGGUUGAGGACAUAAUAAUAUUAAUGGAUGGUGAUGUUAAUCAUGCUAUGUCACCCACAGAGACAGAAAACAUGGCUAUUACAAACGAACCAACAGUAAUGGAGAGAAACAAUAUGACAACGGCGUACACCAGUGUCUGUAAAAAUUCCGAUGGUAUGGAAGCAGGAAAUUUGGAAAAUGAGAUUUCAUCUGAGGUGACACGACACAGGGAUGAAGACUUUCAAACAUGCGAUGAUAAUUAUCUUGAGAAUAAUGAGAAUUUAGGUAGAUGCAAAGUGGUUCAACUGGUGAAAGAAACUAUUGAGGAUGAAGAAAGUGAAGGUCGGAGGGGGAAUGAUGACAUAGUUAUGGAAAAUGCUGUUAAGGGUGGGUGGGAAAGUUGUGUUAUUGGUGUGGAGGGGGACACAUACACUCCUGAAAUGAUUGAUACACAGACCCUUCUGGAAGAAGAGGAUUUGAGUACAGUACACAUUGCAAAUGCUAGAACUACAGACGAUUCAUCGAAUUCAGAGAGCGUGACACCGAGCAGCACACGAAUAAUAAGCAGAAAAUCUCCCUGUGUCCGAACUCAAGAUGAGGUAUCUAAAAGGUCAAACUCUCACAGACCCAGUGAAGACCACUCAACAGUGGAGACCACUGUGGCCAGCUCGGUAUUAAAAGAUGACAACUACUCGGAUGAAGAAGUGAUUGAAGUAGAUGUUCUGGAGGAUCCUAAAGACGCUUUGUUAUUGCCGUUUGCAGCUGGACAGAUCAACAACCUGCCCAUUGAGAAUCUACAGGACCAAGAUGUUGAAAUGAGUGUUACUGAAGAAGAGGAGGUAGACGUCACGGGAGAGGAGACGGACUGAAAUAAUUAAAUACUUAAGACUUUAGCACUUUAGAAGUUCUAACAAUGUGAUGUGAAGAAUUGUUUUUGUCAUUUUGACGUUUAUUUUUUGCUUGUCUUAUACUUGUGUAGGGUUAAAGUUAAUAUGUUAAUAAUAAAGUUCAUAUAUAUACAUGUGUAUAUGUAUAAAGUUCAUACAUAUUGUACUUUUGGAUGUGUGGUUAAUUAUUUAGGUCAGGCUAUCAUUG